AUGGUAGACAGAGAUCCAGGCUCACCCACCUGGAAGUUCACACAAUGCUUUGGGGAUAAAGGUGAUGUAGAAGACAUCACAGAAGCCGAUAUCAUCUCGACUGUCGAAUUCGACCACACCGGAAACUAUUUAGCUACAGGAGACAAGGGUGGACGAGUGGUUCUAUUCGAGCGAAAUGAGACGAAAAAGACCUGCGAGUAUAAGUUCCACACUGAAUUUCAGUCACAUGAACCGGAGUUCGACUACCUCAAGUCCUUAGAGAUCGAAGAGAAGAUCAACAAGAUAAAAUGGUGUCGGCGGCAAAAUUCAUCACACUUCCUUCUUUCCACCAACGACAAGACCAUAAAGCUAUGGAAAGUGUUCGACAAAUCGUUGAAAGUGGUCGCCGAAAACAACUUAUCAAAUGAGAUGACUCCUCCAGCCCCCUCGGGUGGCUUGCCUCGAGCGCCCCGGGGAACAUUCAAGGAUGCAUCCGCAUUGAAACUUCCCCGCCUGACACACCACGAUACCGUCGUGGCGGCCGUCCCACGGAGGACAUACGCUAACGCUCAUGCGUAUCAUAUAAAUAGCAUCUCCGUGAACAGCGAUGGCGAGACCUUUAUCAGUAGUGACGAUCUCCGCGUUAACUUGUGGAACCUGAACAUUCAGGACCAGAGUUUCAACAUUGUGGAUAUCAAACCGGCAAAUAUGGAGGAGCUCACAGAAGUCAUCACAGCUGCCGAAUUUCACCCAGUGAGCUGUAACUGGUUUAUGUACGCCAGUUCCAAAGGUACCAUCAAACUGGCGGAUAUGCGCCAGCGGGCCCUCUGCGACGAACACUCGAAGCUCUUCGAACAGGAAGAAGAUGCCUCAUCGCGCUCUUUCUUCUCCGAAAUCAUCUCUUCCAUUUCCGACGUUCGAUUUUCUCAUGACGGCCGAUACAUUGUUUCCAGGGACUACUUGACAGUGAAGAUCUGGGAUGUAAACAUGGAACGCCAACCGGUUAAGACUAUUCCCAUUCACGAACAUCUGCGACCACGUCUGUGCGAUACCUAUGAAAACGAUAGCAUUUUCGAUAAGUUCGAGGUGGUCUUCUCGGGUGACGCGGAGAAUGUCAUGACUGGCAGUUAUAACAACAACUUCAUGAUUUACCCUACGGAGGAAGAAAAGGAUACAGAGAUUGUACUUCAAGCAGACAAGUCAGCCUUCAAGGCGAAGAAGGUUGGCGUACCUACCCCAAUGAACAAGGGCAGUGGAAAGAAGGCUGGCUCUCGAUCCGGAAGCCCGGCGGGUCCUGGCAGCCGAAUGAAGAAGGAGACCGAUGCAGACCAGAUCGAUUUCAACAAGAAGAUUCUGCAUAUGAGCUGGCACCCAUUCGAGGACAGCAUCGCCAUUGCGGCUACAAACAACCUUUUUGUCUUCUCUGCCCUGUGA